UCACGUGACACAACUGUAUAUAAGAGGUAACAUCCUCAACCUACAUUAUAACUGCGUUAUCAAAAGUUUAAUGCUUGAUAAUUGGUGCAAGAAACGCAACAUCUCCAUAAUUGGAUUGAGAAUGUACCUGGUAGCAAUAGUCUGUGGUGUGUUUCCCAUAGUGCUAGGGCAUGCAUUGACUGGUGACGAAGACAACCCUUUUUGUCUUUGUGAGAUUCCUAUACCGAAUGAUCAAAACGAGUGCGGCAUCGCGGGAGUUUGGCGGAACCAGCUCAAGUCCGUCAUGAAGUUCACUUGCGUCGGCGGCCACAUCGACGGCCAAUAUUUCACAGCGGUGGGCAAGGCCGACGGAUUCUACCAACUUUCCGGCAAAUACUUGAAGCCCGACAACGACACGACCCUUCUGAGCUGGAUUGUUGCAUAUCGCAAUGAGCUGUACGGAAAUUCCAACUCGACGGUGGCUUGGUCCGGGAUCCAUUACGCUGACGAGGGUACUCUGUACACACACUGGCUGUUGACCCAUUUCUAUCCACGUCCCCGCCUGUGGAAAACGACGAUGAUCAACCACGAUGACUUUCAGAAGGUCUGCUAAAGAUUGAAAACACAAGGACAUUUCCAAUAUUAUGUUUAUUUUGUGGGCAUAUCUUCACUAUGAAUAAACGCAUAUUUUUAAAAUAAAAUAUAAACUAUA